AAGGGGUUAAAAAAAAAAAAAAAAAAAAGUUUAACUUACAUCCGUUCCCAUGCUGAUCCUCAAUUCUGCCUUUAGCUUAUGCAAUAUAUCCAAAACCACUGUAUUCUGCAACCAGGGUGUACACCAAGGAUAUUUAUGUUUACUAUAAGAGAUUUUUGUAUUUUUAGUAAAAAGUGGACAGCUCAACUGGAUGGACAAGAUACUUUAUAUCUGGACAGUCUUUUCCAGGGCUGCAGUGGUUAAUAGUUUACUUCCUGAAUCUCUCCGCCCUUAGUAUAUAAAGACACUUCUUUACUUUCGAUUCCUUUCAUACCAUGAUGGCGUCUGCUGACCUGAGGGACGAGCUGAACUGCUCCAUCUGCCUGAGCCUCUAUACAGAUCCUGUAUCUCUGAGAUGUGGACACAACUUCUGCCGCUCGUGUAUUAUUCUGGUGCUGGAUACACAGGACGGGUCUGGAGGUUAUUCCUGUCCUGACUGCAGAGCAGAAUAUCCGGAGCGUCCGGCCCUGGAGAAGAACAUGAAGCUGGGUAAUAUAGUGGAGCGUUUCUUAUCUACUCAUCCUGAUAUGGAGGAGAUCAGGAUCUUCUGUACUUACUGCGAUUCUCCUGCACCGGCUGUGAAGUCCUGUCUGCAGUGCGAUGCUUCUUUUUGUGAAAAACACUUAAGUAAACACAAUAAGUCAUCAGAACAUAUAUUGGUUGAACCUACAGUUACCCUGGCGGAAAGAAAAUGCUUCACACAUAAGAAGGUGCUGGAAUACUACUGUCCUAUAGAUGCUGCCUGCAUCUGUGUGUCCUGCUGGGUGGCCGGAGACCACAAGGGACAUGACGUGGAGCUACUGGACGAGGCCCUUAAGAAGAAGAAGGAGAAACUGAGGCCCGUCAUCGAGAACCUGAUGUCUAAGAGAGACGAACUAGAAAGAAGAGUCCAGAAUCUAAAGGACCAUGGGAGAGAACAAGAAGAUAAAUCAGCCAGACUUUCUGAGAGAGUCACUGCGUUGUUUACUGAUCUCAGGGAGAAGCUCGAUGAUCUAGAAAAAAGAAUCCAGGAUGAGAUUUCUAGACAGAAGGAUCAGGUAUCGGUCUCAGUCUGUGACCUGGUCAGACAGGUGGAGAUACACAAGGAUGAGAUGACCAAGAAGAUGAAUCAACUCCAGGAAUUAUAUAAUAUCCCUGAUUCAUUGAGCUUCCUACAAGAAGAUCUUAGCAGUGGUGACAUCAGCGAUAGGAGCUGUGACGUCAUCGGUGAUGUAAGAGACGCUCAGUGUCUGGAUGAAGUCCUAGUCUCACAGAUGUUACACAGAGGACUGGGGCACUUUACUGAUGAUCUGAAGAUAAAGAGACCGUUCUCAGUGAUGGAGAAAUCAGACAUAUUACUGGAUGGAAACACAGCAAAUAAUAACAUUAUUAUAUCACAGGAUCUCAGAUCUGCUUCUUAUACCGAUAAAUCCCAGAACAGACCUGAUGGGCCCAAGAGGUUCAGAUCCCGUCAGGUUCAGCUGCAGGAUCGCAAUGAGAGGUUGUACUCCAAGCUGACCGAGCUGCAGGACAAGAUGGGGAAACUUGCAGGGUCCAAGACGGAUCUUUCAUCAAGACUGGUGCUCAGCGAGGAGGAGAAGCUGAAGAUUUCUAAGGACCUGAUUGAACUUCAGAUUGAAACCAACAAGAUCAGGGAGCACUACGAGGCCGAUACGUUUGAGCUCAAGAACACGAUCUUGGCACUGGAGAAUCGGCUGAUGACUGUGGAACUUCAAAAAGAGAAGUUGACAGGAGAGCACGAGGCUUUGAAGGAACGUUUCCGAUCUGUGGAGACCAACCGCAAGGAGCUGGCUGACGAAUAUAUCGUAUUGAAGAGCAACUACCUGGCACUGAGCAAAGAGCACGAGCACGAGGUUACUAAAAAUGAUGAGCUGAGCAUGGAGCUGCUGAAUCUGGCCAACCGAGACCAAAAUGACACCUACACGCAGUCUCGAGCUCUGGUCAACGAGGCCACUGCGGAACUGGACAGGGUGCGAGCCAUGGUCAACCGUCUGUCAGCGCGUAAGAUCAAGCCUGAAGAGUUGGUUGCCUCGGAGCACGAGCGAAAGAAACUGGAAAGAAACCUUCUGGGAAACCAGGAUGAAAUCAAGGAAGAGAUAGAGAGUAUGAAGAAGAUCCAUAACACCCAGCAGCAGAAGUUAGAGGAGAGAGUGAUCGCCAUGGGUAAGGAGCUCCAAGAGGCAAAGAGAGCCAUCCGCAACACCCAGCACAAGAUGGCGGAGCAGUCUGCGGUUCUCCUGACGUCUCAGAGUCAGCUGAAUGAAAUUGAAGCUGAAAACUCUUGUCUCCAGAUGCAGCUGAAGGAGCUCAAUGAGGAGUAUCGCUCCAGGCUGAACCGCUACAUCCAGGACCUAGCUGAUUACGUGGAUGGGAACAUGAGGAAUGGAACAGGAGGUAAAAUGGAGACCUCCCGCAUGAAGCAGUAUGUAGACAGCAUGCUCAGCGACAUCAAAGCUUCUCACAGGUCCAGGGAGGAGCAGCUGGCGACAGCGACAAGACAGUACAAGAAGAGGAUGCAAAACCUCAUCAAGAAGCACGAGAACCUGUUGAUCGCAUAUCGCAUGCAGCGGGAGCAGAUCAUGGCUCUGGGGAGCAACGACGUUGACCCCGGGCCCCCCGAACAUCAUUUCUCCAUCACCGAUCCCGAUCUACAGUCCCAGUCAGCCCUGGAGUUAAACCGGCUAAGAGAGGACAAGGCGCGGCUGGAGUCCCAGGUCCAGGACCUGAAGGAGAAGAGAAGAAUUAACGACAACACGAUAUCCAAUCAGCAACAACGCAGCCAAAUGAGCGAGGAAAACUGGGCAGAGAUCAGAAAGCAGCUGAGAGAGUUCACGCACAACACACAGGAGGAUUUGGAGAAGGAGAGGAGUCAGCUGCUGGGGAGAGCCAUGGUGGCAGAGGAGCAGGUGGCGGAACUGCAGGAAUAUGUGGACAAGCACUUAGGAAGGUAUAAACAGGAAAUAAUGCGACUGCGGAAACUUCUGGGCAACGACGGUCAGAGAGCGUUCAGCGCAGACACUCCCCAGUCACUGCUCAUCCGAGCUCCGAGGAGAAUCAGCCAUGAGAUGUGAUCACCCUCUACAGGCUGUCAGCGGUACUGCACAUCGGACUCUUCACAGACUUGAUCACUCAAGCUGUAUGACCUAUGGGAGGUCUCACGCUUGUAUUCUAAUCUGGGGUCGGAGGACCACCCCUUCAUCAUUUCUACGAUCACUUUAAGAAGUAUAUUAAAGCAAUAUUUAUUUUUACACAAAAAGCCUUUAGAAAAAAAAAACGAUUUAUUAUCUAAAGAAGCUUUGGGCGUCUAAAAUCCACCUCCAAUCUUAUCAUCGUGCAGAUAUAGUCUCUCCCCCAUGAUUUAUACUGCAGCUCUGCUUGUUGGAAUUGGCUGCUAUGUAUAAGCCCAGUACCAUGGAGAGACGAUUUUCAUCCCAGGACAGAUUAUUAAAGGGGUACUCCGCUGGAAAACAUUUUGUUUAAAAUCAACUGGUGCCAGAAAGUUAAUCAGAUUUGUAAAUUACU